CCGAGCCCGAGCCGAGCCCUGACACUGUCCGUCCGCCUUCUGACUCCCCGGGAGCCCGGACUGGCCGGAGCCCGAGAGGUGGCAGCGCCGGGGGCCUCACGCGCCGAAGGGAGCGGACCGGACGGGACGGGACUAGAGGAGGCGCUGGCCACAGUAGCCAGGGACCGGAGUCGGCAGCCGCGGCCUCCCGGACCCUGCUGCCCAGGCCAGCUCAGGGAGAGCGGGGAGUAGGAAAACCCCACCCUCGGGGGCACCCCCGGAGCGGAGGCGGGCGCGGGGACGGGAGCAGCCUCUCUCCCUGCUGGAGCGGAGACCCUUACCGCCACUCGGGCGAGGGGAAGAAGAGACCCCUGUAGGGGAGAGGAAAACCCCCAUCCUGGCCCGGGAAUAGACCUCCAGAAGUAGAAAGGGGCGAUCCUGCUAAAGGAAGCAGACAGAGUGAGCCCGCCCCAGCGUGCCUCCACCCGUCCAAACGCACACUCUCAGCAGUUCAGGACUUUUGAGGCUAAGAGAAGGGGGGACAUGCCUGUGGAGUAGGAGCCCUCCAUCCUAUCCAGUACUCACAGGGGAGAGGAAUCCUUACAUUCAGAAGCAGAGGACACUCCAGGGAAAGAAGAGGAGCCGGCUUUCAGCCUUUCAGGAGAGGGGAAGGACUCUCCUCUCAACUUCCUUGUACCUAGACAGUGGAACAGGGCAGAGCCCCUCCGCUCAGAUCUCCAGCAAACAGAAAGAGCCCUCCACUCCCGAAAGAUCCAGUUUGGGGGGGAGGGGGAUUCCCCCAAGGGGGAGGAGACAACUCCUGGUUCGGAGAGGCUCCUCCCCUCCUCCCCAGGGUUACAGGCAGGGUGUGGGGGGUGUGCCACCUUCCCCAGGUAGGACCUCCUUCUCCUCCGCCCCCUCCUCCUCCUCCCUCCGCUCCUCAUCCUCAGGGGACCCAGGUCCCCCCGACCCCAGCUUGGGAUGCUCAGCCAAGUACAGGAAGAGCCACUGAGGAUGAAACUCUUCAUCUGCCUUUGAAGAGGGGAGUCCCUCCAGCCCCAAACUCCAGUACCAGGUGGUUCCCUCCCUUUGCUGGGGGAAGCUCGGAGACAGAACCCAGAAGUACCAUGGCUUCUGACCUAGAGAGUAGCCUCACCUCCAUAGACUGGCUCCCCCAGCUGACCCUUAGAGCUACCAUCGAGAAGCUUGGGAGUGCCUCUCAGGCUGGGCCUCCAGGUGGCAGCCGCAAGUGUCCCCCAGGCUCACCCACAGAUCCAAAUGCCACCCUGAGCAAAGAUGAGGCAGCAGUGCACCAGGAUGGCAAGCCACGAUACAGCUAUGCCACCCUCAUCACCUACGCCAUCAACUCCUCUCCAGCCAAGAAGAUGACCCUCAGUGAGAUUUACCGCUGGAUCUGUGAUAACUUCCCCUAUUACAAAAACGCUGGCAUUGGUUGGAAGAAUUCAAUUCGGCACAACCUUUCUCUCAACAAGUGUUUCCGGAAGGUGCCCAGACCUCGGGAUGACCCCGGGAAGGGCUCUUACUGGACAAUCGACACCUGCCCUGACAUCUCCCGAAAGAGAAGACACCCUCCAGAUGAUGAUCUAUCCCAAGACUCACCAGAACAGGAGGCAAGCAAGAGCCCACGGGGAGGCGUUCCUGGGGGUGGAGAACCCUCACUGCCUUCCGAGGGGAAUCCUCAGAUGUCCCUUCAGAGCCCCACUUCUAUCACAAGCUACAGCCAGGGCACAGGAUCUGUGGAUGGUGGAGCGGUGGCAGCAGGGGCUCCUGGCCGAGAAGGUGCCGAGGGUCCUCCUCCCCUGUAUAACACCAACCAUGACUUCAAAUUCUCCUACUCAGAGAUCAAUUUUCAGGACCUAAGCUGGUCCUUUCGCAACCUCUACAAAUCCAUGCUGGAGAAAUCCUCUUCCUCAUCUCAGCAUGGCUUCUCGUCUCUCCUGGGGGACAUGCCGCCCUCUAACAACUACUACAUGUACCAGCAGCCGCCGCCGCCCCAGCAGCAGCCGCCGCCGCAGCCGCCCCCCCAGCAGUCGCAGUCGCAACCGGCUCCCGCCCAGGGCCCCUCCGCUGUAGGGGGUGCCCCUCCGCUGCACACCCCAAGCCCGGAUGGGUGUACCCCACCCGGGGGAAAGCCGGCUGGGGCCGAAAGCUACGGGCCUCCCUCCGUGAUGGCCAUGCACCCACCCCCACUGCAGCACGGGGGCUACCACCCGCAUCAGCACCAUCCCCACCCCCACCCCGCCCAGCAGCCACCGCCGCCCGCUCAGCAGCAGGCGCAGGGCCAGGCUCCUAUCAACAGUACUGCCUUUGCCUUUCCUCCCGACUGGUGCUCCAACAUCGACUCCUUAAAGGAAAGCUUUAAGAUGGUGAAUCGGCUCAACUGGUCCAGCAUUGAGCAGUCACAGUUCUCAGAACUGAUGGAGAGUCUGCGACAGGCAGAGCAGAAGAACUGGAGCCUCGACCAGCAUCACAUUGCCAAUCUGUGUGACUCUCUCAACCACUUCCUUACCCAGACUGGUCAUGUGCCCCCCCAAGGGGGCUCGCACCGGUCACCAGCCUCUGCCCGUAUUGCUGACUCCUGUGCCCUUACCGGUGGCAAACAAGAGCCAGCCAUGAACCAAGUGAAUUCUUAUGUGCACCCACAAGCCCCCCACCUCUACCCUGGCCCAUCACCAAUGUACCCAGUCUCCACCCAGGAUUCAGCAGGAUACAAUCGCCCAGCACACCAUAUGGUCCCUCGGCCACCGGUCCCCCCUCCGGGUACCAACGAGGAGAUCCCUGAUGACUUCGACUGGGACUUGAUCACUUAGGGCCUCAUGGAGCAUGGCCAUGAGCCCAAGGCUGGGUGGCGAAAAGUCUGGGAGUGGGGCAGGAGCAGCCCCAGCCCAUCCCUUCCUCCUUGCUGUAUAUACUUAUAUAUCCUCUUUUUUCUUGCUCUGUCAGAAAAGCCACCACAAGAUGCUGCCGAAGAUAACCCCCCCUCUUUCCUGCCUCCUUCUUCCUCUUCCCUCUUGUUUUUUUC